AUGGCUUCUCUACAACAUAUGCAGCAACUGCUUUACAGACAGACUGAAAGAAAUAACAGAAUUGAGGUGGAGCUGAAUAAACUAAAAGUAGAGUAUCAGACCCUUGAAAAAGAUAAUGAGAUGCAAAGAGAGAAUGCUAAAGAAAAUGAACAAAAGUUAGCUAGCCUUCUGAAUGAAUAUAAGAAAGUACAAGCAACUUGGAAGAAUGAGCUCAGUUGGCAUAGAGGUAGAAAAGCUGUGAAUAAUGCACUGAAACUAGAAUUGGAACAUUCUAUUGAUUACCUGGGUGCUGGUAUUGAAUGCAUUUCUGAGAGUACUGAAAAUAUUGAAUGCAUUUCUGAGAGUACUGAAAAUAUGAACAAUACAAUCCAUGAGGAAGAUUACUUGACAAAUAAAGGAAUCAGUGAGAAGCCUAAAGAACAAAUUAAAAUUACUUGUGAGAAAACUGCAAAUAACCAUAUGAAAUCUGAAAUGGAUUCUGUAUUGUUACCAGUGAUUAGCACAGGUGACUUGGAUAAGUACAAUACUAGUAAUGCAGAAAAAACACCAAAACUUAAUAUAUCUUCUAGUCAGAAUGUAGGUAUAAAUAUUCAUAUUGAUGAAAACAUUAAUAAUCUAUUUCUGAGGAGAGCUUUAAGUACUGAAAAUUCAGUUAGAGGUGUACAUGAAAUGCCUAACAAACACUUUGAUAAACAUAGUUCCAAAUUGAAAGAAAUGAAUACAAAGGUUUUGCUUCUGGACUCUCAAGAUCUACAUGAAUCUGAAAUUGGAGACAUGACAAUUAAUGAAGUUGCUAAAGUUAAACAGAUAAACUUACAUACUUCCAAAGAUAACAGUGAGCAAUUUACUGAUUUUUUUAAUGAAGAAAAAGAAAGAGAAAAAUCACUGAAUACAAUAAUGAGGAAAAUAACUGUGGAAGGAAGCACAAAAAAAUCAUGUUCUUUGCUCAUGAAGCCAACAGAAAAUUUAAUAAACGGAAACGGAAGGCUAUCCUUUGACCUUCCAGUUAUGGAUAAAAAAACAGAAUACUUAGAUUUAUCAAGAAAAUGUCAAGAUGAAGUUCAAAUAAUGCCUCUCUCUUUGAAGGAAAGGCCUCUCUCCCAAGAAAUAAAAAAUGCUCAGAGCUCAAGAAAAAUUGAUAAGAUUAUAAACAUGCAUAGUGAUGUAAGUCAAGAAAUACCAGUUUCCGCUUGCAGUAGUAGAAAUGCUGACUCUUUGAAUACCGGAACUAUUAAUCCAAUCCCCAAGAGAAAUCCCAGUGCAGAAUGGAAUGCAAUAGCAAACAGUUUUUAUGAUCCUUCUUUUCCCUCAGAACACGUAAGUCAAUUAAAAAUAUUGCAGAACAGACCUUGGUGAGCUAACUCCAGAGCUAUGUAUAGAAUUGUAUGCAUCUUGAUGCUUUAAGACUGACUUGAUUAUUCAAGAGGGCAAAUGUGGCAACAUUUUUCACAAUUAAAGUUGAUAGAAAACAGCAGGAAAAAGUCAUAGCAUAUAAAUCAAAUCAAUCACAGCUUAUUUGAAGACAAGGUCUACAUAAAAA